AUGGGGCUAACGCUCAUCCACCCACCUCCCUGCCAUCAACCGAGCUCACGCUCAUCCACCCACCUCCCUGCCAUCAACCGAGCUCACGCUCAUCCACCCACCUCCCUGCCAUCAACCGAGCUCACGCUCAUCCACCCACCUCCCUGCCAUCAACCCAGCUCACGCUCAUCCACCCACCUCCCUGCCAUCAACCCAGCUCACGCUCAUCCACCCACCUCCCUGCCAUCAACCCAGCUCACGCUCAUCCACCCACCUCCCUGCCAUCAACCCAGCUCACACUCAUCCACCCACCUCCCUGCCAUCAACCCAGCUCACGCUCAUCCACCCACCUCCCUGCCAUCAACCCAGCUCACGCUCAUCCACCCACCUCCCUGCCAUCAACCCAGCUCAUGCUCAUCCACCCACCUGCCUGCCAUCAACCCAGCUCACGCUCAUCCACCCACCUCCCUGCCAUCAACCCAGCUCACGCUCAUCCACCCACCUCCCUGCCAUCAACCCAGCUCGCGCUCAUCCACCCACCUCCCUGCCACCAACUUAGCUCGCACUCAUCCACCCACCUCCCUGCCAUCAACCCAGCUCGCGCUCAUCCACCCACCUCCCUGCCAUCAACCCAGCUCGCACUCAUCCACCCACCUCCCUGCCAUCAACCCAGCUCGCACUCAUCCACCCACCUCCCUGCCAUCAACCCAGCUCGCACUCAUCCACCCACCUCCCUGCCAUCAACCCAGCUCACGCUCAUCCACCCACCUCCCUGCCAUCAACCCAGCUCACGCUCAUCCACCCACCUCCCUGCCAUCAACCCAGCUCACGCUCAUCCACCCACAUCCCUGCCAUCAACCCAGCUCACACUCAUCCACCCACCUCCCUGCCAUCAACCCAGCUCACACUCAUCCACCCACCUCCCUGCCAUCAAUCCAGCUCACGCUCAUCCACCCACCUCCCUGCCAUCCCAGCUCACGCUCAUCCACCCAUCUCCCUGCCAUCAACCCAGCUCACGCUCAUCCACCCACCUCCCUGCCAUCAACCCAGCUCACGCUCAUCCACCCACCUCCCUGCCAUCAACCCAGCUCACGCUCAUCCACCCACCUCCCUGCCAUCAACCCAGCUCGCGCUCAUCCACCCACCUCCCUGCCAUCAACCCAGCUCACCCUCAUCCACCCACCUCCCUGCCAUCAACCCAGCUCACGCUCAUCCACCCACCUCCCUGCCAUCAACCCAGCUCCCGCUCAUCCACCCACCUCCCUGCCAUCAACCCAGCUCGCACUCAUCCACCCACCUCCCUGCCAUCAACCCAGCUCGCACUCAUCCAACCACCUCCCUGCCAUCAACCCAGCUCGCACUCAUCCACCCACCUCCCUGCCAUCAACCCAGCUCGCGCUCAUCCAUCCACCUCCCUGCCAUCAACCCAGCUCACGCUCAUCCACCCACCUCCCUGCCAUCAACCCAGCUCGCACUCAUCCACCCACCUCCCUGCCAUCAACCCAGCUCACCCUCAUCCACCCACCUCCCUGCCAUCAACCCAGCUCACGCUCAUCCACCCACCUCCCUGCCAUCAACCCAGCUCACACUCAUCCACCCACCUCCCUGCCAUCAACCCAGCUCACGCUCAUCCACCCACCUCCCUGCCAUCAACCCAGCUCGCACUCAUCCACCCACCUCCCUGCCAUCAACCCAGCUCGCACUCAUCCACCCACCUCCCUGCCAUCAACCCAGCUCGCACUCAUCCACCCACCUCCCUGCCAUCAACCCAGCUCACGCUCAUCCACCCACCUCCCUGCCAUCAACCCAGCUCACACUCAUCCACCCACCUCCCUGCCAUCAACCCAGCUCACGCUCAUCCACCCACCUCCCUGCCAUCAACCCAGCUCACGCUCAUCCACCCACCUCCCUGCCAUCAACCCAGCUCACCCUCAUCCACCCACCUCCCUGCCAUCAACCCAGCUCACGCUCAUCCACCCACCUCCCUGCCAUCAACCCAGCUCACGCUCAUCCACCCACCUCCCUGCCAUCAACCCAGCUCACGCUCAUCCACCCACCUCCCUGCCAUCAACCCAGCUCACGCUCAUCCACCCACCUCCCUGCCAUCAACCCAGCUCACGCUCAUCCACCCACCUCCCUGCCAUCAACCCAGCUCGCGCUCAUCCACCCACCUCCCUGCCAUCAACCCAGCUCGCGCUCAUCCACCCACCUCCCUGCCAUCAACUCAGCUCACGCUCAUCCACCCACCUCCCUGCCAUCAACCCAGCUCACGCUCAUCCACCCACCUCCCUGCCAUCAACCCAGCUCACGCUCAUCCACCCACCUCCCUGCCAUCAACCCAGCUCACGCUCAUCCACCCACCUCCCUGCCAUCAACCCAGCUCGCACUCAUCCACCCACCUCCCUGCCAUCAACCCAGCUCGCACUCAUCCAACCACCUCCCUGCCAUCAACCCAGCUCACGCUCAUCCAUCCACCUCCCUGCCAUCAACCCAGCUCACGCUCAUCCAUCCACCUCCCUGCCAUCAGCCCAGCUCACGCUCAUCCACCCACCUCCCUGCCAUCAACCCAGCUCACCCUCAUCCACCCACCUCCCUGCCAUCAACCCAGCUCACGCUCAUCCACCCACCUCCCUGCCAUCCCAGCUCACGCUCAUCCACCCACCUCCCUGCCAUCAACCCAGCUCACGCUCAUCCACCCACCUCCCUGCCAUCAACCCAGCUCACGCUCAUCCACCCACCUCCCUGCCAUCAACCCAGCUCACGCUCAUCCACCCACGUCCCUGCCAUCAACCCAGCUCACCCUCAUCCACCCACCUCCCUGCCAUCAACCCAGCUCGCGCUCAUCCACCCACCUCCGUGCCAUCAACUCAGCUCACGCUCAUCCACCCACCUCCCUGCCAUCAACCCAGCUCACGCUCAUCCACCCACCUCCCUGCCAUCAACCCAGCUCGCGCUCAUCCACCCACCUCCCUGCCAUCAACCCAGCUCACCCUCAUCCACCCACCUCCCUGCCAUCAACCCAGCUCACGCUCAUCCACCCACCUCCCUGCCAUCAACCCAGCUCACGCUCAUCCACCCACCUCCCUGCCAUCAACCCAGCUCGCACUCAUCCACCCACCUCCCUGCCAUCAACCCAGCUCGCACUCAUCCAACCACCUCCCUGCCAUCAACCCAGCUCGCACUCAUCCACCCACCUCCCUGCCAUCAACCCAGCUCGCGCUCAUCCAUCCACCUCCCUGCCAUCAACCCAGCUCACGCUCAUCCACCCACCUCCCUGCCAUCAACCCAGCUCGCACUCAUCCACCCACCUCCCUGCCAUCAACCCAGCUCACCCUCAUCCACCCACCUCCCUGCCAUCAACCCAGCUCACGCUCAUCCACCCACCUCCCUGCCAUCAACCCAGCUCACGCUCAUCCACCCACCUCCCUGCCAUCAACCCAGCUCGCACUCAUCCACCCACCUCCCUGCCAUCAACCCAGCUCGCACUCAUCCACCCACCUCCCUGCCAUCAACCCAGCUCGCACUCAUCCACCCACCUCCCUGCCAUCAACCCAGCUCGCGCUCAUCCACCCACCUCCCUGCCAUCAACCCAGCUCACGCUCAUCCACCCACCUCCCUGCCAUCAUCCCAGCUCACACUCAUCCACCCACCUCCCUGCCAUCAACCCAGCUCACGCUCAUCCACCCACCUCCCUGCCAUCAACCCAGCUCACCCUCAUCCACCCACCUCCCUGCCAUCAACCCAGCUCACGCUCAUCCACCCACCUCCCUGCCAUCAACCCAGCUCACGCUCAUCCACCCACCUCCCUGCCAUCAACCCAGCUCACGCUCAUCCACCCACCUCCCUGCCAUCAACCCAGCUCACGCUCAUCCACCCACCUCCCUGCCAUCAACCCAGCUCACGCUCAUCCACCCACCUCCCUGCCAUCAACCCAGCUCACACUCAUCCACCCACCUCCCUGCCAUCAACCCAGCUCACCCUCAUCCACCCACCUCCCUGCCAUCAACCCAGCUCACGCUCAUCCACCCACCUCCCUGCCAUCAACCCAGCUCACGCUCAUCCACCUGCCAUCAACCCAGCUCACACUCAUCCACCCACCUCCCUGCCAUCAACCCAGCUCACCCUCAUCCACGCACCUCCCUGGCAUCAACCCAGCUCACGCUCAUCCACCCACCUCCCUGCCAUCAACCCAGCUCACGCUCAUCCACCCACCUCCCUGCCAUCAACCCAGCUCACACUCAUCCACCCACCUCCCUGCCAUCAACCCAGCUCGCACUCAUCCACCCACCUCCCUGCCAUCAACCCAGCUCGCACUCAUCCACCCACCUCCCUGCCAUCAACCCAGCUCGCACUCAUCCACCCACCUCCCUGCCAUCAACCCAGCUCGCACUCAUCCACCCACCUCCCUGCCAUCAACCCAGCUCGCACUCAUCCACCCACCUCCCUGCCAUCAACCCAGCUCGCACUCAUCCACCCACCUCCCUGCCAUCAACCCAGCUCACCCUCAUCCACCCACCUCCCUGCCAUCAACCCAGCUCACGCUCAUCCACCCACCUCCCUGCCAUCAACCCAGCUCACCCUCAUCCACCCACCUCCCUGCCAUCAACCCAGCUCACGCUCAUCCACCCACCUCCCUGCCAUCCCAGCUCACGCUCAUCCACCCACCUCCCUGCCAUCAACCCAGCUCACGCUCAUCCACCCACCUCCCUGCCAUCAACCCAGCUCACGCUCAUCCACCCACCUCCCUGCCAUCAACCCAGCUCACGCUCAUCCACCCACCUCCCUGCCAUCAACCCAGCUCACCCUCAUCCACCCACCUCCCUGCCAUCAACCCAGCUCGCGCUCAUCCACCCACCUCCCUGCCAUCAACUCAGCUCACGCUCAUCCACCCACCUCCCUGCCAUCAACCCAGCUCACACUCAUCCACCCACCUCCCUGCCAUCAACCCAGCUCACCCUCAUCCACCCACCUCCCUGCCAUCAACCCAGCUCACGCUCAUCCACCUGCCAUCAACCCAGCUCACACUCAUCCACCCACCUCCCUGCCAUCAACCCAGCUCACCCUCAUCCACCCACCUCCCUGCCAUCAACCCAGCUCACGCUCAUCCACCCACCUCCCUGCCAUCAACCCAGCUCACGCUCAUCCACCCACCUCCCUGCCAUCAACCCAGCUCACACUCAUCCACCCACCUCCCUGCCAUCAACCCAGCUCGCACUCAUCCACCCACCUCCCUGCCAUCAACCCAGCUCGCACUCAUCCACCCACCUCCCUGCCAUCAACCCAGCUCGCACUCAUCCACCCACCUCCCUGCCAUCAACCCAGCUCUCACUUAUCCACCCACCUCCCUGCCAUCAACCCAGCUCGCACUCAUCCACCCACCUCCCUGCCAUCAACCCAGCUCGCACUCAUCCACCCACCUCCCUGCCAUCAACCCAGCUCACCCUCAUCCACCCACCUCCCUGCCAUCAACCCAGCUCACGCUCAUCCACCCACCUCCCUGCCAUCAACCCAGCUCACGCUCAUCCACCUGCCAUCAACCCAGCUCACACUCAUCCACCCACCUCCCUGCCAUCAACCCAGCUCACCCUCAUCCACCCACCUCCCUGCCAUCAACCCAGCUCACGCUCAUCCACCCACCUCCCUGCCAUCAACCCAGCUCACGCUCAUCCACCCACCUCCCUGCCAUCAACCCAGCUCACACUCAUCCACCCACCUCCCUGCCAUCAACCCAGCUCGCACUCAUCCACCCACCUCCCUGCCAUCAACCCAGCUCGCACUCAUCCACCCACCUCCCUGCCAUCAACCCAGCUCGCACUCAUCCACCCACCUCCCUGCCAUCAACCCAGCUCUCACUCAUCCACCCACCUCCCUGCCAUCAACCCAGCUCGCACUCAUCCACCCACCUCCCUGCCAUCAACCCAGCUCGCACUCAUCCACCCACCUCCCUGCCAUCAACCCAGCUCACCCUCAUCCACCCACCUCCCUGCCAUCAACCCAGCUCACGCUCAUCCACCCACCUCCCUGCCAUCAACCCAGCUCACGCUCAUCCACCUGCCAUCAACCCAGCUCACACUCAUCCACCCACUUCCCUGCCAUCAACCCAGCUCGCACUCAUCCACCCACCUCCCUGCCAUCAACCCAGCUCGCACUCAUCCACCCACCUCCCUGCCAUCAACCCAGCUCACACUCAUCCACCCACCUCCCUGCCAUCAACCCAUCUCACCCUCAUCCACCCACCUCCCUGCCAUCAACCCAGCUCGCGCUCAUCCACCCACCUCCCUGCCAUCAACCCAGCUCACACUCAUCCACCCACCUCCCUGCCAUCAACCCAGCUCACGCUCAUCCACCCACCUCCCUGCCAUCAACCCAGCUCACACUCAUCCACCCACCUCCCUGCCAUCAACCCAGCUCGCACUCAUCCACCCACCUCCCUGCCAUCAACCCAGCUCGCACUCAUCCACCCACCUCCCUGCCAUCAACCCAGCUCACACUCAUCCACCCACCUCCCUGCCAUCAACCCAGCUCGCACUCAUCCACCCACCUCCCUGCCAUCAACCCAGCUCACACUCAUCCACCCACCUCCCUGCCAUCAACCCAGCUCGCACUCAUCCACCCACCUCCCUGCCAUCAACCCAGCUCACGCUCAUCCACCCACCUCCCUGCCAUCAACCCAGCUCACGCUCAUCCACCCACCUCCCUGCCAUCAACCCAGCUCACCCUCAUCCACCCACCUCCCUGCCAUCAACCCAGCUCGCGCUCAUCCACCCACCUCCCUGCCAUCAACUCAGCUCACGCUCAUCCACCCACCUCCCUGCCAUCAACCCAGCUCACACUCAUCCACCCACCUCCCUGCCAUCAACCCAGCUCACGCUCAUCCACCCACCUCCCUGCCAUCAACCCAGCUCACACUCAUCCACCCACCUCCCUGCCAUCAACCCAGCUCGCACUCAUCCACCCACCUCCCUGCCAUCAACCCAGCUCGCACUCAUCCACCCACCUCCCUGCCAUCAACCCAGCUCACACUCAUCCACCCACCUCCCUGCCAUCAACCCAGCUCGCACUCAUCCACCCACCUCCCUGCCAUCAACCCAGCUCACGCUCAUCCACCCACCUCCCUGCCAUCAACCCAGCUCACCCUCAUCCACCCACCUCCCUGCCAUCAACCCAGCUCACGCUCAUCCACCCACCUCCCUGCCAUCCCAGCUCACGCUCAUCCACCCACCUCCCUGCCAUCAACCCAGCUCACGCUCAUCCACCCACCUCCCUGCCAUCAACCCAGCUCACGCUCAUCCACCCACCUCCCUGCCAUCAACCCAGCUCACGCUCAUCCACCCACCUCCCUGCCAUCAACCCAGCUCACCCUCAUCCACCCACCUCCCUGCCAUCAACCCAGCUCGCGCUCAUCCACCCACCUCCCUGCCAUCAACUCAGCUCACGCUCAUCCACCCACCUCCCUGCCAUCAACCCAGCUCACACUCAUCCACCCACCUCCCUGCCAUCAACCCAGCUCACCCUCAUCCACCCACCUCCCUGCCAUCAACCCAGCUCACACUCAUCCACCCACCUCCCUGCCAUCAACCCAGCUCACCCUCAUCCACCCACCUCCCUGCCAUCAACCCAGCUCACGCUCAUCCACCCACCUCCCUGCCAUCAACCCAGCUCACGCUCAUCCACCUGCCAUCAACCCAGCUCACACUCAUCCACCCACCUCCCUGCCAUCAACCCAGCUCACCCUCAUCCACCCACCUCCCUGCCAUCAACCCAGCUCACGCUCAUCCACCCACCUCCCUGCCAUCAACCCAGCUCACGCUCAUCCACCCACCUCCCUGCCAUCAACCCAGCUCACCCUCAUCCACCCACCUCCCUGCCAUCAACCCAGCUCGCACUCAUCCACCCACCUCCCUGCCAUCAACCCAGCUCGCACUCAUCCACCCACCUCCCUGCCAUCAACCCAGCUCGCACUCAUCCACCCACCUCCCUGCCAUCAACCCAGCUCUCACUCAUCCACCCACCUCCCUGCCAUCAACCCAGCUCGCACUCAUCCACCCACCUCCCUGCCAUCAACCCAGCUCGCACUCAUCCACCCACCUCCCUGCCAUCAACCCAGCUCACCCUCAUCCACCCACCUCCCUGCCAUCAACCCAGCUCACGCUCAUCCACCCACCUCCCUGCCAUCAACCCAGCUCACGCUCAUCCACCUGCCAUCAACCCAGCUCACACUCAUCCACCCACCUCCCUGCCAUCAACCCAGCUCACCCUCAUCCACCCACCUCCCUGCCAUCAACCCAGCUCACGCUCAUCCACCCACCUCCCUGCCAUCAACCCAGCUCACGCUCAUCCACCCACCUCCCUGCCAUCAACCCAGCUCACACUCAUCCACCCACCUCCCUGCCAUCAACCCAGCUCGCACUCAUCCACCCACCUCCCUGCCAUCAACCCAGCUCGCACUCAUCCACCCACCUCCCUGCCAUCAACCCAGCUCGCACUCAUCCACCCACCUCCCUGCCAUCAACCCAGCUCUCACUCAUCCACCCACCUCCCUGCCAUCAACCCAGCUCGCACUCAUCCACCCACCUCCCUGCCAUCAACCCAGCUCGCACUCAUCCACCCACCUCCCUGCCAUCAACCCAGCUCACCCUCAUCCACCCACCUCCCUGCCAUCAACCCAGCUCACGCUCAUCCACCCACCUCCCUGCCAUCAACCCAGCUCACGCUCAUCCACCUGCCAUCAACCCAGCUCACACUCAUCCACCCACUUCCCUGCCAUCAACCCAGCUCGCACUCAUCCACCCACCUCCCUGCCAUCAACCCAGCUCGCACUCAUCCACCCACCUCCCUGCCAUCAACCCAGCUCACACUCAUCCACCCACCUCCCUGCCAUCAACCCAGCUCGCACUCAUCCACCCACCUCCCUGCCAUCAACCCAGCUCACACUCAUCCACCCACCUCCCUGCCAUCAACCCAGCUCACACUCAUCCACCCACCUCCCUGCCAUCAACCCAGCUCACGCUCAUCCACCCACCUCCCUGCCAUCAACCCAGCUCACGCUCAUCCACCCACCUCCCUGCCAUCAACCCAGCUCACGCUCAUCCACCCACCUCCCUGCCAUCAACCCAGCUCGCACUCAUCCACCCACCUCCCUGCCAUCAACCUGCUCCUUGCACCAUGACUCGAUCUGCUUCGCAUGCUGCUUGGCCGCCUGACCUGCUUUGUCACCUCACACCACCGCCAUCACUGUCGCCUGUACUAUUGCCACCCGCCCAUUUGUCGCCCACACCGCUGGGGCCACUACCAUUGGAGCAAAUGCCGCCCGCAUUAGCAGCAGCAGUGGCGCAUGAUACCUCCGCCACGACUGACACCCGCACCAGCCGGCUGCACCAACAGCAUCAUUGCCACUAG